AUGGGGUUUGAUCACACGCCUAAGGAGUCUCUAGAGCAAAGACUCCAAGCGGCUUGGAAUCACGACGCGUUAACAACUCUCAAACUUAUAUGUAAUCUUCGUGGAGUCCGUGGUACUGGAAAAUCUGACAAGGAAAGGUUUUACACGGCGGCGUUAUGGCUCCAUGUUUACCAUCCCAAAACCCUAGCUUGUAAUCUCGAGUCCCUCUCCGAAUUUGGGAUCCAGAAAUCUCAAUGGAUCCAGAGGAAAAGAGGAGUAUGUAGACGUAGAGGGAGAGCUCAUAUCUCUCUUGACACCUCAAGAUUCUCCUCUCGUGGAACUUGUUGUGGAAUUUGUCGUGGUGGUCGCGGUGGACUUAGUCGUGCUGGUCGUGGAAUUGGACGUGGUGGUCAUGGAGUUGGUUGUGCUUGUAGUCGUGGUGGUCCUCGUAAAACGGGACCAGCAGCUAUAAGGGCCCUAAGGGCUUCUACAAGGGAGUUAAGGAUAGCAAACACAGAGAAGAGAAACCAAGCGGAGAAAGCAAAAGCAUCUUUAAAUCGAAAGAUAGAGAAGAUAUCAACGGGGAAGAAAGCUUUCAACGUAUCUCUGAUCUAUUUGCACAACACUUGA